AUGCAGUCCGCAGUUGCAAAACCUCUCAAAACCUCUUCCGCCCGGAUCUCGUCCCGAUUCCAAAGUAACCCUGGUCUCCGCCGGCAUGGAGGACCAACCCUGGCCCCAGGCGCUGCCAAUCUGCAGAUCCACCGGGCCGGGAACGCGCACCUCUCUGCUUUACGGCAAGGGAGCGCGCGUUUGCGACAAUGUGACGCCAGCAACUUUUGGCGGGAAAAGCCCUGCAUUUGGAUUCCUGUGGUGGCGGGCAAAGGACGGCCUGCCGCGGGACUGAGUGGAGUCAUGGCAGUGCCCUUUGUGGAAGACUGGGACUUGGUGCAAACCCUGGGAGAAGGUGCCUAUGGAGAAGUUCAACUUGCUGUGAAUAGAAGAACAGAAGAAGCAGUUGCAGUAAAGAUUGUGGAUAUGAAACGUGCCAUAGACUGUCCAGAAAAUAUAAAGAAAGAGAUCUGUAUCAAUAAAAUGUUAAAUCAUGAGAAUGUAGUGAAAUUUUACGGUCACAGAAGAGAAGGCAAUAUCCAGUAUCUAUUUUUGGAGUACUGCAGUGGGGGAGAACUUUUUGAUAGAAUAGAGCCAGACAUAGGCAUGCCUGAACAAGAUGCUCAGAGGUUCUUCCAUCAACUUAUGGCAGGGGUGGUUUAUCUGCAUGGUAUUGGAAUAACUCACAGGGAUAUUAAACCCGAAAAUCUCCUAUUGGAUGAAAGGGAUAACCUCAAAAUCUCUGACUUUGGCUUGGCAACCGUGUUUCGGCAUAAUAAUCGGGAGCGUUUGUUGAACAAGAUGUGUGGUACUUUACCAUAUGUUGCUCCAGAACUUCUAAAGAGAAAAGAAUUUCAUGCAGAGCCAGUCGAUAUUUGGUCCUGUGGAAUAGUACUUACUGCAAUGUUGGCUGGAGAAUUGCCAUGGGACCAGCCUAGUGAUAGUUGUCAGGAAUAUUGUGAUUGGAAAGAAAAGAAAACAUACCUCAACCCUUGGAAAAAAAUUGAUUCUGCUCCUCUAGCUCUGCUACAUAAAAUCUUAGUUGAGAACCCAUCAGUAAGGAUUACCAUCCCAGACAUCAAGAAAGACAGAUGGUACAACAAACCAUUCAAGAAAGGGGCAAAGAGGCCCCGGGCUACUUCUAGUGGUGUAUCAGAGUCUCCUGGUGGAUUCUCUAAGCAUAUUCAAUCCAACUUGGACUUCUCUCCAGUAAACUGUGCUUCUAGUGAAGAAAGUGUGAAGUACUCCAGUUCUCAGCCAGAACCACGGACAGGCCUUUCGUUAUGGGACACCAGCCCUUCAUACAUUGACAAACUGGUACAAGGGAUCAGCUUUUCCCAGCCCGCUUGUCCUGAUCACAUGCUUCUGAAUAGUCAAUUGCUUGGCACUCCAGGAUCCUCACAGAACCCCUGGCAGCGCUUAGUCAAAAGAAUGACACGAUUUUUUACCAAAUUGGAUGCAGACAAAUCUUAUCAAUGCCUGAAAGAAACUUGUGAGAAAUUGGGCUAUCAGUGGAAGAAAAGUUGUAUGAAUCAGGUUACUGUAUCAACAACUGAUAGAAGAAACAAUAAGCUGAUUUUCAAAGUGAAUCUGGUAGAAAUGGAUGAGAAGAUCUUAGUUGACUUCCGGCUUUCUAAGGGUGAUGGAUUGGAAUUCAAGAGACACUUCCUGAAGAUUAAGGGGAAGCUGAGUGAUGUUGUGAGCAGCCAGAAGGUUUGGCUUCCUGUCACAUGA